GGUGUGUAACUAUCACUCUGUCUCCAUUCCUCUAAAUCUACAGACAGUUCAACACUGUACUGUAGCUAGUCUCCGUUGCUGUCAUCGUUAAUAUCGCCUCGCUUUGGACCAACGGCUUGUGAAAUCAGUCGGUUUGGUGUCGGUUAUCGUCUGAUUUGACCUGCUUAACCACUAAGGUCCUGAAUAGGAUUUGCGGUCUGUCAAUGAGGAACUACAGGCUCAUCUUCUGCCAUAACCUGAAGCAACCAUAGAUGACCAUUUCAUUUACUACUAGUGAGUGGAGCAGGAUAUAAAGUGAACUUCUGGGUUUUUGAAGUAUAACAAGACGGACUGAAGCAGCUAGGCUGUGGAGGCGAUGAGGAAGGGCCUCUCUACUUCCCUCAGCGACUCCCUCAGCACGGCCAGAGUGUUCGGGAUCCCCCUGGAGGAGGUGCAGCACAGCGGACAGCCAGGACAUGAGGUCCCUCUGCUGGUCAGGAGCAUUGUGGAGUACAUUGAAGAGCAUGGAGGGCUGAACCUGGAGGGCUUGUUUCUUGUGAACGGUAACGCAGAACGCGUGGAAUGGCUCAGGCAGCGCUAUGACAACGGUGUGGAAGUGGAUCUGGAGAAGGAGGCCGACCUUGCAUCUGCCAUCAGCCUGCUACGCCUCUUCCUGCAGGAGCUCCCAGAGCCCAUCAUCCCUGCAGGCUUACAGGCACAAAUACUGCAGCUUUAUCAGGACUACAGCAGUGAGGAGGAGUUGGGAAGAAACAUGAAAUACUUCCUUCAGCAGCUGCCGCAGGUCAACUACAGCUUGCUCCGCUUCCUGUGCCGAUUUCUGUCUGGUGUGGCAUCUCUUCAGGAGGAGAGCUGGAGCAUAGGAGCUCUCGCUGCCGUCUUUGGGCCAGACAUUUUCCAUUUAGACACUGAUGUAGAAGAUCUAAAAGAGCAGGAGUUUGUCAGCCGUAUCCUCGCAGAACUGCUGGAGAACCAGGAGGAGUUUUUUGACUCGGAGGAGGAGGAGGACAUCUCCAACACCAAUGACUAUAGCUCCAUUAAUGACCAGAUCACUGAGCUUCUGGAGGAAGAAAAGUUGGAGGCUUGCGAGGAGCUCCCACGAGACUGCGAGGACGGUCCUUCCUCACUGUCACCCAAACAUGCCGACGUCACCCCCUCCUCCAGUGCGCACAUUUCUUCCAUCAGUAUUCUUCCAGGAUCUGCAGAUUUAAUCCAGAGGACCAUCCGUGCCGCAGUGGAACAGCAUUUUCUGGAAUUACAGACUUCUAUUGACAAGGAGCUCAGCAGCUAUGAGAGUCAGGUUUUGGACUCCAAACCCAUCCAGGGAAACAGCCCUACUCAGACACCAGGGCCUGAGGACCAUGAAGAUGUGCAGUCUGAAUCAGAAGCUGAAGCAGAGACUCUUCCAGAGAAACUUACAGAGGAAUCUGAAGCUUCUCAGCUCAGCAGCCCCAUCACAGAGGAAAGUUCUGGAAUGGACCUUGACAUGGAGGCUAUCAUAGAUGCAGAGAAUCUCAACACAGAAAGACUGGAGAACUAUCCAGACUGUGAGCAGAUGGUCGAGGCUAAUGUUAUCACCUGUGAGUGCGGCGAAUUUGACCUGAAUGCUAAUACUGAGCCCACUGCGUCAUCCAGCAACCCUCAGUCUUUGACCAGAAGCAUGUUCACGGACUGUGAGCAGGAAGCAUCAUGCCCCAUCACUUUCCCACUCAUUGACUUCACAUGUAUGCACCUGCAGAGAGAAGGGAGUGACCCUGUGCCAGUGUUCAUGUCAUGGCAAGAGGAGACCGAGUCAGGAGAAGCCCAGCUAUCCCCAUUGGCAGGCCGCAUGGUGCCUCUGCCCCUAGAGGAGGAUGCUCAACCCUUACUUGCCCGACGUUUCCUCGACUUUGGCCACAGUCAACGGUUCCUUCAGCAGGACCACGAUGCCACAUCCUCCACCAAAACUCUGUCCUGUGGGAGGCCUCGCCGUGCCUCCCUCUCUUCCAAAGACAGUCUAAAGGGGGACACCAUCUCCCAACAGCUCACCAAGAAACUCCAGAACCUCAAGAAGAAAAUCAAGCAGUUUGAGGAACACUUUGAAAAAGAGAGAAACUACAAGCCAUCUCACGCUGAUAAGGCAGCUGAUCCAAAGGUGCUGAAGUGGAUGACUGACCUCACCAAAAUCCGCAAACAGCUCAGAGGACGACAGCACCUCUUACCCAAAGGUUCCCUGAGGCACCAGGCUGUGCUUCAGUCACACAGACGCUACCUGUCCUCUUCCUUCAUCCCGAACACACCCCAUUUUACUCUGUCACGCCCCCUCAGUGCCUCUAGACAGGCACCUCACUUCUAUGCCAAACACAAGGCGGAGAGUGAGCUGACUCCACAAACCCGUCCACGCAGUAACACUCUGCCCAAGAGCUUUGGAUCCACGCUGGAGCAGUCGACCCAUGAAGGCCCUGUAGAGAGUGAGGCACGGGGUCACCGGCCCACCCGAGAGGAGACGUUGGAGCUCAUUCUGCACCGCAUCAAAGCUAAGAGAGAAGAGGAAGGCUGGCCCGAGGAUAUUAGAAAAAUGACCAAGGAGCAGCUUUCCUGUGAGAAAACAGUGCUACAGAAGAACCUUCUGUAUUAUGAGGGACUCCAUGGGCGCCCUGUCACCCGAGAGGAACGCUUGAUUGUGAAGCCCUUGUAUGACAGAUAUCGGCUGGUCAAACAGAUGCUCACCCGUGUCAGCAUUACCCCCAUCAUAGCCUCUCCUUCCAGCAAACGCCGCAAUCAGAUUUUACAGCCCAUCAUAGAGGGCGAAACUGCCCACUUCUGUGGUGAGAUCGAAGAAGAGGAGGAGGAAGAAAGCAGGGGACUGCAGGAAAAUGUAGAGAUGCAGAGCGAGGGGUCAGAAAUCAUCAUGGACCCAGUGGCCCAGCCCAGCUCCCAGCAGCUUUCCCAAGAGAACAUCCUGAGCUCUGGGAAGCUCACUCUUGAUCUGCGUCUGUCCAGUUCAAACGCCUCCUCCAUGCCUGAGCUCUUGGAACAGCUAUGGAAGGCCAGAGCAGAGAAGAAGAAACUGAGGAGGACCAUCAGAGAGUUUGAAGAUGAAUUCUACCAGCAGAAUGGCAGGAAUGUUCAGAAGGAAGACCGCACACCCAUGAUGGACGAAUACAAGGAGUACAAGCGUAUUAAAGCCAAACUGCGACUUCUGGAGGUCCUCAUCAGCAAGCAGGAUUCAUCCAAGUCCAUCUAGAGCUCCCAGGGCUGGGAGCUAAUCAGAUCAGACGGGGCUUGUAGCAUCUCGAAAGCCCGACCAAAACCCCUUUCAACUUAAUGCCUCAACGUUAGCUGGUCAACUUCCAUCGACUCCUGCACUGCCUUCUCCAACCAUUGAGAAUUAAGAAAAGCUCUUGUUCUUUGUCAUCUAAAAGUGGAAAAACAUUCUGUCCCCUUCUCUGAGUUUGAUAUUCAGAAUUUUGUUUCUCUUUCCUUUUUGUUUUUCUUUCUUUUUUCCCCCACAUUGACCUAGCUUUCUCAUACUGAGAAAUCUGCAAAGGGGAUGUGCUGAGUUGAGUAAUCAUAUCAGUUUUACUUGUAUAUUGACAUUUGGCACUGAACUCUUCCUCAGACCACAGAGAUGGUCAUCAUUUCAAGCACCCAUGUCAUAUUCCUCCUCUUCCCGAAUUCUAGGAGUUCUUUACACUAUUUGAGGGUGUGAUUUGGGUCAGACGUUUCUGUGUGUGUAAACUUGAAUAGAUCUAUACAUAUGUAGGCAAAAGUAUUUGUGUUUUAUCUUGAUGAAGAUUUGUCGGCACAGUGAAUUAAAUAAUGUUUUUUUCACCACUCAGUUUUUCUGUUACAAAUCAGAGGACUCUUGUAUCAAGGUGGUGCUAUUUUUGUUUGGGUUUUUUUUUUUUUGUAAUGACACAUGGAUCACCUAAAGCUGAUCAGACUGACAAAUCAACUCCAACAAACCAGUUGGACUGUCACAUUCUUUUGCUGUAAACCUUGUUGUCUGGCCACAUUACUGAUUCAAAUGUAAAUGAUGCAUAACUGUAUGUGUACUCUACAUGUAACUUUACUGUGUUCUUGGCUUUCAUCUAUAAUAUGCAUUUGACUAAUGGAUGAUGUAAUGAAAGUGAAUAUAUUUGCCAAACUGGGAUGUAGUUGGUUUGUCAGUGUUAGGUAACGGGUAAAAAUUCAAUGUCAGAUAUCAAUGAGGUUUUCAGAGAGGAAGGUCACUAAUUUCUGAUGCUGUAGCAGGUAGUAUAAAUAGACCCACUUUUGUUGGAGUGUUUUGUAGAGUAAAUGUGUCCAUAUCUGUUUCUCGCCACCUCCAGACUCGUUUUCCAGUGCAUCCACAAUCAUCAAACAAUGUUAAUCUCUGAUAGCAUCCAUUCGUGACAAAAAUGCUGCAAAACAGAAGAAAUCAUCAUCAUGGUUAAAGGGCAUUAAAUGACUAUGUAAUUGCUUAACUUCAGACCUCUUCUGUUAGGUUUACUUAAACUUUAAGAAAAUGCAGCAUCACUGUGACCACUGAGUGUGUCUUAUAUCACAAGUCAUGUGUCUUUAGGAUCGGUUGAGGCUUCUGUGGCAUCAGGAGUCAUGCUUCAAGCAUCACUCUUCAACAUAUCAUCUGAUGAGUCACGAUCAGUUUUCAGAUGGCAACUCGUUUCAUACAGUAUCAGUUUUUACAAUCCAGUAACGAUGCUGCUGGCAUUGAGCAUAAUUGCUUUGUUAUGCAAUUGGUCUUGCAGUACACUAUCAAAGUCUUAUCAAAAAGAUAAGAGAUCUCUGGCGGUUAACAGGAUCACUUGGAUUGCAUGAAAUGUCAUGGUCGGAAAGGUUACAGGUUUCAGAUAAACAGCAUGCACAGAGAGGGUGAGUUCCUGACAGCCGAAGGAGGCGAUAGAGAUGAUUUGCACAGCAUUCGGAGAAUGCAAUCUGUUUUGUUUGUUCGAAUUGUUUGUUGUUUAUUCAAGCACUACUUGCUCGUGAAGAAUGUGAGUGCAGGUUAAGUUAUUUUACACGUUUACUUCCAUCUAUCACUGUGUGGUGUCAGUGCGGUGUAAUGUCCUUUUUUUAUGACCAUCAUUUUCUACUCUGGUUUUAUAUAUAUAUAUAUAUAUAUAUAUAUAUAUAUAUCUCAUCUCACUUUCUGCAGUACAUCUUUACAGUGUGGUUCCUGCUUUGCUCUGUUUUGUAUAAGCUUGUCAGUAGUUGGUUUGCAUGGCAGAAAUUUGUAUUUCUCUUUUUGUGCCAUGAAAAUUAAGCAAUAAAUUAGCACCCGAGGCCUGUAUCGAUGGAAUGAGAGGCCUCCUGUAUCCAGUAUGUGCAUUUUCAAUAAACAGCUUGUGAGUAUUAAUUACUUUGUCUUUGAUGCUUGUGUGUGUGUUAAAUCUGCUUUAAGCGUUGUUGUUCUUUUUUUAAUACCUGACAGAUUUACUGUAAUAGGUGUCACAUUUAUUGGACAGAAAAGAGCAGCGUAAACAUUCUGCUUAUCGUCUCAUUUUGUGUUAACUGCUUUAAACUAACCUUUUAAACAUUGGCGUGUAACUAGCCCCUCAUAAUUAAUGAUAUGGACUCUUCAAGGUGUGAGGUGGGUUUUUUCUAAGCCCUCCGAAUUUUCACCUAGUGAUGGAUGAAGAAAUGGGUGGGGGGAAGAAAUCACAUAGAUCAGUGGUUCUUAACUGGUGAGUCACGACCCUUUUGGGUCACAGAUCUUUUCAGAUAGGACCAUGGAUGAUUUACAAAACUGUAAUUUUUUUUCUAUGCAAUCGAUGUUGUGUUAAUAAUUGAUUUACAUUAAAGGAGGGCCCUGGAGAAGCAUUACUGAAAAGCUUUGCAUGGGCUUUCCUCAGAAAAUGUGAUAAUCUAGUUACAUUAUGCUCUGGUACAAGGCCGUAGCAAGGUAUUUUGGGCCCCCUGACUGUGACUGUUCAGUGCCCCUUUCCUAUUAAAAAAUACAGGUUAGAAUUUGUUGUGGGACCCCUCCCCCCUGGACCUGUGGGCCCCUAGAAUCAUUACCAUCUUUCAUCCCAUUAGCUACGGCCCUGCUCUGAUAUCCCGCUUGAGGUAGGUUUUCCCUCUAUAGCCUAUAUAAUUUGGCACAGAAGCUCCUUGGUCAGAAUUCUCAACAUUUAUAUUUUACAUUUAUGCAAUCUAGUUCACUAGUCGGUCCAAAAUUAUUUUCACUUUCAACUUUCCACAUCGUUAUGAGGCAUCAUGACUGACUGCUGCCCUCCAAUUGUAGUUCAUAGACUAGCUCACAAAGAACAUGUCACUUCUCACACAGGGCCUAUACUAGAAUGUGGUCUUUGGGGUGCAUUUUUAUCUUCAGUGUGGACAAUGGCGUCUCUCUUCGUCUGACCAGGGAGGACCUCCUUUGUCAUUUCCCCAUUCAACUGGCGGGGCACAAGGAAAAUCCAGGGGGCCCUGGCCCCUUUAAAACCAGCCAUGCUCUCACAAAUUAAGACAAAAUGACAAUUAAUCCUCUUAAUAAAGUUUAAUUCAUGAAUAUA